AACAAUAAACUCUCAUUUGACUCAACCCAUCAGCUGGUGCCUCUGACCAAAUUAAAGCUGUCGAAAUGGGAAAGGGAUUUGGUGAAUUGGCCUAUGUGAGGGGGAUCAUCAAGUAUUCCCUGUCUCCAUUUGAGCAGAGAGCAUUUGCUGGAGCCCUUAGUUAUGGAGUCCCUAACAUGUUCAGGAGAUUCCGUAGUCAGGUUCUCCGUGUUGUUCCCCCUUUCGUUAUUGCGUACAUGAUCUACAAUGGAGUUGAAAAAAGGCACGGGCAAUUAAUGAGGAAAAACCCUGAUGAUUACAUUAAUGAUGAAUAAUUGAAGUGAUCCACGAAUAAUCUCCAAUAUCUUAUGAGAAUUGUAGUCACAUUGUUAACUACAUGAUAUAUUUCGAUAUGUUCUUUGUGAAUUUUAUUACAUGCAAUAGCAGUAAUGUGAGAAAUUGUAAAUGGCUUGGGUUAACAGACAGUGUGAAUACAAUUUUUUGUAUUAUAGUGAAAAAUUUGUAAAUAACACCAAGGUAUCAUUAAAACAAGACAAAUAUAAUUUAUCUUAUUA